CUUCCUCCUCCAACGCCCAUAAAUUUUGACCUCGUGCUCACAAAGUUAUCACUUCUUCAUCUCUCGCAUACAUACAUACAUACAGCAACCGAAUCAUCAUCCAUCUAUAGCAUCUCUUCGUCACAAAUUCCUUUGAUCACCAUGUCUGUCCAACCAGAAACGUUUGGUUUCCAAGCCGAAAUUUCUCAACUUCUCGACCUGAUCAUCAAUACCUUCUACUCUAACAAGGAGAUCUUCCUUCGUGAACUCAUCUCUAACGCUUCCGAUGCCCUCGACAAAAUCCGUUAUCAGGCCCUCACGGACCCUUCUCAACUUGACAGUGAGAAGGAGCUUUACAUCCGUAUCAUCCCCAACAAGGAAGAGGGUACCUUGUCUAUCAUCGAUACAGGUAUCGGUAUGACAAAAGCUGAUCUCGUCAACAACCUCGGUACCAUUGCGAAAUCUGGUACCAAAGGUUUCAUGGAGGCUCUUUCUUCCGGUGCUGAUAUUUCUAUGAUUGGUCAGUUCGGUGUCGGUUUCUACUCGUCAUAUCUCGUCGCCGAGCGUGUGCAGGUCACCACAAAACACAAUGACGACGAACAGUACAUCUGGGAGUCAGCCGCUGGUGGUACUUUCACCAUCACUGAGGACCUCAAUGGACCUCGUCUUGGUCGUGGAACGGCGAUCAAGUUGUUCCUCAAAGACGAUUUGAAAGAGUAUCUCGAGGAGAAGAGAAUUCGAGAGAUCGUCAAGAAACAUUCCGAAUUCAUCUCUUACCCCAUCCAACUGGUCGUGACCAAAGAAGUUGAGAAGGAAGUGGAGGAAGAUGAGGAGGAGGCAAAAGACGGUUCUAAGAUUGAGGAGGUUGAAGAUGAAGACUCUGGAAAGGAAAAGAAAAAGAACAAGAAGAUGGUUAAACAAACUGAAACUUCUAACGAGGAGUUGAACAAACAGAAACCCAUCUGGACUCGUAACCCAUCCGAUGUAACUCAAGAAGAGUACGCUAGCUUUUACAAAUCCAUCUCGAAUGAUUGGGAAGAUCAUCUCGCCGUCAAACACUUCUCCGUCGAAGGACAACUCGAAUUCAAAGCCAUGCUUUUCAUUCCAAAGCGUGCGCCUUUCGAUUUGUUCGAAAACAAGAAGAAACGUGGUGGUGCUUUCAAACUCUACGUUCGACGUGUUUUCAUCACCGAAGACAGUGAGGAACUCAUGCCUGAAUACCUCAACUUUGUCGUCGGUAUCGUCGAUUCUGAAGAUCUUCCUCUCAAUAUUUCUCGUGAGACAUUGCAGCAAAACAAAAUCCUCAGGGUCAUCCGUAAAAGUUUAGUGAAGAAAGCUCUCGAGCUCAUUCAAGAGAUUGCGGAAGAUAAAGAAAACUUUGAUAAAUUCUAUUCUGCUUUCUCGAAAAACCUAAAAUUGGGUAUUCACGAAGAUGCUGCCAACCGAUCUAAAAUCGCCGAAUUCUUGAGAUUCCACUCUACCAAGAGUGUCGAUGAACAAACUUCUUUCAAAGAUUAUAUCACUCGUAUGCCCGAGGUUCAAAAAUCCAUCUAUUACCUCACUGGUGAAUCUCUCGAAGCUGUCAAAGAUUCUCCUUUCCUCGAAGUACUCAAGAAGAAAGGAUUCGAAGUUCUUCUACUUGUCGACCCCAUCGACGAAUACGCAGUUACUCAAUUGAAAGAAUUCGAUGGUAAAUCCUUGGUUUGCGUUUCUAAAGAAGGUCUCGAACUUGAAGAAACGGAAGAAGAGAAAAAAGCUCGUGAAACCGAAGCUAAAGAAUUCGAAUCUCUUUGUUCUGCAAUCAAAGAGAACUUGGGUGAUAAAGUCGAAAAAGUAGUAGUAUCAAACCGUAUCUCUGACUCUCCUUGCGUUCUCGUCACUGGUCAAUUCGGUUGGUCAUCGAAUAUGGAAAGAAUCAUGAAAGCUCAAGCUCUUCGUGAUUCUUCAAUGUCAACUUAUAUGGCAAGUAAGAAAACGAUGGAACUCAAUCCUCAUCAUCCAAUCAUCAAAGAACUCAAGAACCGUAUUUCGGAAGAUAAAUCCGAUAAAACAGUCAGAGAUCUUACUUUACUCUUGUUCGAAACCGCACUUCUUACUUCGGGUUUCACCCUUACCGCACCUCAAGACUUUGCUCAACGUAUCAAUAGGAUGAUCGCCCUCGGUUUGAGUAUCGAUUCUGAACCAGAGGCAGAACCCAUCUCCGCUGCUGGAGCUGACGAGACUGUUAUUGAAGAAGUUGGUGGAUCUAUGGAAGAGGUUGAUUAAAUGUAAGAUUAAUUCAAUGAUCAUGUGUGAAAGUGGGAUGGUAGAGGAAGAAAAGGUUAGCAUGAAUGAAGAUGGGUUAUAUGGAGUUGGGAAUGAGAGUUUAUAUGCAUUGUGACAUUCAUGACAGUUCUA